UUCUCUGGUUUUUUGCCGGAACUCAAACACAACUAUUAACUUGAAAAAAUGAAGCGCGAUAAAAGACAUUUCAAGUCCGUGUCCGUGUUCCCUCUCUCGUGCAACCCUCACUCAUCUUGCCCCGUGCUCGAUCAAAUCCCUUCUACUCGAUUUACACCUUAAUUCCUCAAUUAAUUGACGAAUUUCUAUCAAAAUUUCUCUCUAAACCAAAGUUAUCACUAUAAAUUCCAAGUAGUGCUCUCUAGAUCUGUCAGAAACACAAUUAUCACGUACAUCAAAUCGCUUCCAAUGGCACAAAAGUAAAUGAGAAAUUGCAGUUAUUAGGGACUAUAUUGGUGAGCUAAAGCAACGAAUACUUCGAUGGUAUGGGCCUUUUGAGUGCUGCAGAGAGCUCAAAGUAGUGUUUCUGGAGGGGCUUCAGCGACAAAUUCUGCUUUGAGCCGUGUCGGUUCGUUUAAGUUUGAAUUUCGAAGGAUUUUUUAAUGCAAAUUUUCGGUUUUUAACUGCCGUCAGGUGUUAGCAGCUCGUGAAACCAUUCAUAUUUGCAGUGGUUCAUUGAGGUUUUUUAAAGCGUCUUCAGGGUUUGGAGAAAGCUUCCAUGUAAUUUCAGGCCGUUGAUAAUAGCGGUGUUUGUUGCUUCAGUUUUUUGAAGAACUUGGUUCUUUUUUAUGUUAUUUUUGCUGAGUCCUUUCCUAGUCGUUGUAAGAGUUAAACGGCUUUGGUUUUGAAGAGUUGCAAUGGACUAUGAACUCUCUGAUAGCAGUGGAACAGAUGAUGACCUUCCACCACCACAUCGAAAUAGAUUCCCAAGUGGGGUACGACCUGCUGGGAAUGGAAGAUCAACAGUUGUUGGUUCUACUCCAUUACCUAGGAUGCAUAGUGAUAUGGAAACUCAAAUACACAACAUUGAACAAGAAGCUUACACUUCAGUACUACGGGCGUUUAAAGCACAAUCUGAUGCUAUCACUUGGGAAAAGGAGAGUUUAAUUACAGAACUCAGAAAAGAGCUAAGGGUAUCAGAUGAGGAGCACCGGGAGCUCCUAUCCAGAGUUAAUGCUGAUGACAUCAUCCGCAGGAUAAGGGAAUGGAGAAAGACAAAUGCGAUCCAACCCAGCAUGCCGAGCACAGCCCAGCCUGCUCAUGAUCCCACACCUAGCCCUACUGUUUCAGCAUCACACAAGAAACAAAAAACAUCACAGUCAGUUGCUUCAUUGUCCAUGGGUGCGCCCUCUCCUGCAUUGCCGUCUGUGCAACCAUCUUCAUCAGCCAUGAGACGAGGUCCUCCACCAGGACCUAAGAGCAAGAAGCCCAAAGCAUCGAUGCAGUAUCCUUCUGCAGGUUUGACUGGAAGAGCUCAAGCUAAUAAUCGGAGUUCUUCUGGUGCAUUCGCCACCAGUGAACCCGCAGAGGCUACCAGUUAUGACCCUUUGAUUGGAAGAAAAGUUUGGACGCGUUGGCCUGAAGAUAACCACUUCUAUGAGGCUGUUAUAACUGAUUAUAAUCCAGUUGAGGGGAGGCAUGCUUUGGUGUAUGAUAUUAAUACAGCAAAUGAAACUUGGGAAUGGGUUAAUCUCAAAGAGAUAUCUCCAGAAGAUCUUAGGUGGGAGGGAGAGGACCCAGGAAUUUUUCGCAGAGGCAGCCGCCCUGGACCAGGCCGUGGCAAUAAGAAACCCAUGGCUCGUGGUGGAGCACUUGCUGGUGGUGGAAGAGGUAGAGGUACAAUGAAGGGGCAUUCUAGAAAAGAUUUCCCAUUAUCGCAAAAUGGUAUUGGAAAAAAGGCGAUGGGGGAUAUUGAGAUACUUCACACUGAUAGUCUAAUCAAGGAGGUGGAAAAGGUUUUUGGUUCUAGCCAUCCAGAUCCAAUGGAAAUUGAAAAGGCCAAGAAAGUGCUAAAAGAACAUGAGCAAGCCCUUGUCGAUGCAAUCGCAAAGCUCGAAGAUGCAUCUGAUGGUGAAAGUGAUGGAGAACAUACGUUUUCUCAUGGACGAUCAAUGGACCAAGAUCGGGGAUGGAGAAAACGGCCAUAUGAUGAGAUAGGUGGUGAAGGUAGAGUAAUUGAAAGUUCAGAUGGCAACAAAAUGGCAAGAGAUGGUAGAGGUGGGUCUAUUGAACUUGGCGAUGACAUAUAAAUCAUUUGUUUUAUUGCUGAAUGCAGAUGACUUUUGUUGUAUCAUAGAACUAAUUUAAUGACCAGCCAAGCUUUUGGCUUUUAGCCUAUUCGUUGGCAUAGAACCAAGUUCAUUUUCAUUGUAAUUUUUAUUUCAUUGAAUGUUGAAAAUGCUUUAUGUAAAUUAUCUUCAGAAUGACCUUAUGAGUAAAGAUUUUUUAUAA